AUGAAGUUUGCGACGCAGCGGAAUAAUAAGGAAGAAAGGAGAAAGGAGAGGAAGAUCGCAGUAGGGAGAUGGAAUUAUUGUGAGAUCUCCAGGGAGAAGAGGAUCUCAUACGCCCUUAAUGACGUGAGUCCGCUCACUGUUGAGCUUAUCGGCAUUGCGGGCGUGGGACUCCUUCUUGCAGUCCUCGAGACCAGUGCAGGCGUGAGCCUCCAGCAUGCGAUGCUUAGAGCAGUAGUGACCACUGCAGAAGCUGCAGUCUCCGACGAUGCGUUGAGCGGCUUCCUUGCACUCCUUGAAGUUGCAGCGAGGCUUGCGGGGCGCCAUGAUGAAAGUGGUGGCGAGAGAGCGAGUUGA